AGCUGCUUGAGCAGGGUGUCGAGGUGGGCGGGGUCGAAUCGGAACUUGGAAUCGCAAAAGUAUUUGCGAUGGAUGGCCGUAAUGAGAUCCAUGUUGGGUGGGAUGGGAUGGACGAGGUUGAGGAGGCGGUAGACUCGCUUGUGCAUCUGGUCGGGACGGAAGCCAAAGGACUGGAUCUGGUUCACUCUGCCGAGGAUCUGCUUGAGGGGGGCAAAGGCAGGGUCGUCGGGGAGGGACACCAUGGGAAGGACAGGCAGGGAGCGUUUGGCAUCCUUGAGAUCGAGGGCGGUCUUGAUUUCAAGGACUACAUUGUCCUCUUGGCCAUUCUUGGUCUUGUCCUUCAUCAUGUCCAUCGAGGCCUUGCUGAGGAGCAGGAAGACGGCUUUGCUGGUGGGGAGGGCACUGAUAGAACUGGCUGGAGGGUCGCUGGGAUUGUUGAGGCAGUCGACAUCGUGGAAGACGGAGAGGGGUUUGCCAUAUCGACGGAGGGCGACCGAGGUGAGCACCUCCUUCAGAGCCUGGACAGUGGCAGCAUCAGUCUGGGCUUGGUAUGAGAGGAACAGGUCGUGGUCGGUGCCGUGGGCAGGGCAGGAAUAGAGCUGGUUGCUGGUGGCGGUCAGCAUGGCUGG